UCCCUCCCGCGCGCGCGGCUCUCCCAGGCGGCCUCUGACGCGGGGCCUGCGCGGGGCGUCCUGGAGACUCCGGCGCGAUGGAAGCGACGGCGCCGGCGGCGGAGGCGGCGGGCCCCGAGGAGCUGGACAUGGACGUGAUGAGGCCCUUAAUCAGCGAGCAGCACUUCGAUGGGACGUCUGACGAGGAGCAGGAGCAGGAGCUCCUCCCGGUCCAGAAGCACUACCAACUCCCGAGCCAGGCGGGCAUUUCAUUUGUACAAACUCUUAUGCAUCUUCUCAAAGGAAACAUUGGGACUGGCUUGUUAGGACUUCCAUUGGCCAUAAAAAAUGCAGGAAUAGUGCUGGGACCCAUCAGUCUUGUGUUUAUAGGGAUUAUAUCUGUUCACUGUAUGCACAUUUUGGUACGUUGCAGUCACUUUCUAUGUCAGAGGUUUAAAAAACCCACAUUAGGCUACAGUGACACUGUGAGCUAUGCGAUGGAAGCAAGUCCUUGGAGCUGCCUUCAGAAGCAAGCAGCCUGGGGAAGGAGUGUGGUUGACUUUUUUCUCGUGAUAACACAGCUGGGAUUCUGUAGUGUUUAUAUUGUCUUCUUAGCUGAAAAUGUGAAACAAGUUCAUGAAGGAUUCCUGGAGAGAACAGUAUUUGUUCUGAAUGGCACCAAUUCGUCGAUACCAUGUGAGAGAAGUAUUGACCUCAGGACAUACAUGCUUUGCUUUCUUCCAUUUAUAAUUCUCUUGGUCUUCAUCCGUGAACUGAAGAAUUUAUUUGUGCUCUCGUUUCUUGCCAAUUUGUCCAUGGCUGUCAGUCUUGUGAUCAUUUAUCAAUAUGUUAUCAGGAAUAUGCCAGAUCCCCACAACCUUCCAAUAGUGGCAGGCUGGAAGAAAUACCCACUCUUUUUUGGCACUGCUGUAUUUGCUUUUGAGGGCAUAGGAGUGGUCCUUCCACUAGAAAAUCAAAUGAAAGAUUCCAAACGCUUCCCCCAGGCGCUGAAUAUCGGCAUGGGGAUUGUUACAGCUUUGUAUAUUACAUUAGCUACCUUAGGGUAUAUGUGUUUCCGUGAUGAAAUCAAAGGUAGCAUAACUUUAAAUCUUCCCCAGGAUAUAUGGUUAUAUCAAUCAGUGAAAAUUCUAUAUUCCUUUGGCAUUUUUGUGACAUAUUCAAUCCAGUUUUAUGUUCCAGCAGAAAUUAUUAUACCUGUAGUAACAGCGAAAUGUCAUGCUAAAUGGAAACAAAUUUGUGAAUUUACUAUAAGGUCCUUCUUGGUUAGUAUUACUUGUGCGGGGGCCAUUCUGAUCCCACGUCUGGACAUCGUCAUCUCCUUUGUUGGAGCCGUGAGCAGCAGCACCUUGGCCCUCAUCCUGCCCCCUCUGGUGGAGAUUCUGACCUUCUCCAAGGAACACUACAACAUAUGGAUGGUUCUGAAAAAUAUUUCCAUAGCCUUCACUGGAGUUGUUGGUUUCUUGCUAGGUACAUAUGUAACUGUUGAAGAAAUUAUUUAUCCUACUCCCAAAGUCACAACUGGCAUGCUACAAACCCCCCCUCUAAAUUUAAGUUCAACAUGCCUUACAUCUGGUUUGAAAUAGAAGAAGCAGAAUUCUGAGUACUCUACUUUUUCUCAUUUCUAAAACUGAUAAAAUAAGUAGUGGGAUACAAUGCCAAACUACUUAAAAGUAGAACCAAGCACUGAUUUUUGGUUGUUUUGUUUGCUUUUGGCAUUAUAUUUGGAGAGUUUAAUGUAAGUCUUUACCAGCAGUGUUUGAUAAAUUGUGACAAAUCCCUGGUUUUAAUUAUCAGCAAUAAUUUUUUAAAAACUUGAUUUUAAAACACUAAAAUGUGAACAAUUAGAGAAUAAACAGUUUUCUAUUAUUUGUUGCCUCAAUCAGCACUACUUGCACCAAGGCCUCUUGCUUUUACCCCAAGAUGUCCUUUCACCAUCCAGUUGGGGAUGGUUUACAAAAAGAACAGAAACCCUUGGAUCUUCCCAGCGUCCAUGUCCAAGUAUGCUUUAUGCACCGAUGUGAAACUCUUAAUUAGGCUUUCAAUAGAUAACCAAAUACCUUUAAGCCCCUGGAAGUAUAGAAAACUCCCACCAACCAUAAUGUAAGCAUAUAGAAAUUCCUAUAACCAGAAGUAUUCACAAAACAUUUUAUAAUAGCAAUUGAUCUUUAUGAUGAAAACCACAAAACACUGUGAAAGAAUCAAAAUUAGUGUUUCGAUAAAAUCUGAAAAGACUUGAAAGUUUAUCCACUACAAGUCCCACUUUUUUCACCUGAGGAAACUAAACCAAGAAAUGUUUUGUGACCCCACAAGAAAAAUCAAGCUUCUGACUCCUAGUCCAGGAUUCUUCCAUAUUUCACUUUACAUCCAAAAAAACAAAUAAAUUGUGUUUAGUUUAAUUUUAACACCGGGUCUGUUUGAUUAUUAUUCUGGUAUUUUAAGAUGGGC